AUGUCAUUACCAGCUACAGCCAGUACACCGCCUACCGUUCAUCCAAAGGUACCUAGUCCAAAAACUUCUCUGGGACCAUCAUCGUCUGGUUCGUCGGCAUCCAGUUCCAACGGAACUGGUUCAAACUCAAACUCUUUGCUUGAAACAGGACUUCUUCUGGCAAAUUUGCAAAAAGCGAAUCCUCUUUUGGUUGCAAGUAUUUUAUCCUCCUCUGGAUUAGCAAAGGCGUCCAUUCCCGGCCUAACGCAGCUACUUGGUACUCUCACGGAGCAACCGCCUGUAGCCCCCAAGAAGACACAACGCAGGAGAUCCAACACACAAAACCAAACAACUCCUCAACAUAAUCAACCGCAAACCGUUCAACAAAUGAUCCACCCUAAGAUUCCCCUUCAGUUCCAGCCAUCACCAAAAUCCUCACCAUCGCCACAACAUCCUGCACCAUCGGAAUCACCAUCUUCACACCCGCUUAGUCAACAGAUUAAACUUCUUCAGCAGGUUCAGAUGCAGCAACAGCAAAGAUUGCUACUCGAACAGCAACAGAAGGCUGCAGUCGAACAGCAACAAAAAGCUGCUGCACAAGCCCAAGAGCAACGGCGUAUCCAAGAGCAAAAACAAAAACUUCAGAUGCUACAACAAUUACAAGCCCAGAAACAUGCACAAGUCAAUGCAGCUAGUGCUACCUCGCCAACCUUGGCCGCCACACACAAUCCUUCGAUAUCUUCAUCAUCGUCACAGCAAACUUCCGCGGCCGGCGGAUUUUCUUUCGACCCUCUCUAUCUGUCGGCAAUCUACGCGAAUCCUAGCCUGUACCUACAGGCGCUGAGUCCGGAGCAGCUGCUACAGUUCUACAAAAACCUUCCCAACGUUGCUGGCGUACCCCCGAACAGCAAGAGCUAG